GGUUCUGUAAAAACAAAUACCGCUUUUUUAUUUGUUAUGAUGCAAGCUUUGAAAAGUGUCAAAUAUCUUACGACAAGCACCAUGAAACAAGCAGGUAAAACAUUAAACUCUGUCCCUCUGUGUCCAGUGUCUGAGCUGUCCGUGGCCGUGCCGUGGGGAGAGAUCCGGGGCAGAGUGUGGGGUCCUGAACAUGGCCGCCCUGUGCUUUGUUUACACGGCUGGGCUGACAACUGUGGGACCUUCAACAAACUUAUACCACUUCUGCCUAAAGAGUGCCGUUAUGUGGCUGUGGAUCUGGCCGGUCAUGGUUUCUCUUCACAUCGUCCUCCGGGAGUUUUUUACACAUUUCCUUCUUACGUGGCGGAUGUUUGCAGAGUCGUCAGCGCUCUCCGGUGGGACCGAUUCUCCAUCAUAGGACACAGUAUGGGUGGUAAUGUUGCCGGAAUGUACAGUGCUUUGUAUCCUGAAAUGGUGGAUGCGAUUGUGCUGCUGGACUCGUACGGGUUCAUGCCCACAGAUCAGAAAAAAAUGACCACAGUAGUGAAAGAAGGAAUCGAGGGACUUCUGGAGUUUGAAAAAAAAUCUGAGCAGAAAAAAGAGAAAAUUUACACAUAUGAAGAAGCAGUAAAAAGACUGUCAGAGGCCAACCCCUUUCUGUCAGAAGACUCCGUGCACAUCCUUUUGGAAAGAGGUUUAGUUCAGACAGAUGGAGGGGUCAUGUUCUCUCGAGACUUCCGCAUUAAUCUGAAAAACAUCGCCCGCAUCAGUGUGGAGCAGAGUUUAGAGAUGCAGUCCAGAAUACGAGCGAGUGUUUUAGUCGUUCUAGCAGAAAACGGCUUUGAAAAAAUCUUGACUGAAGCAAACCAGAUGAAAUUUCCUCCACUUCUGCUCCAAGGUUACAGAGACCAAAAUCACAAAGUGGUCACGGUCCCCGGCGACCAUCACGUCCACCUCAACAACCCAGAAUUCGUGGCUCCAUUAGUGUCGGAUUUCUUACGCUCCGAUGUGCUGGGGCUGAAAGAAACACCCAAACUUUAAAAUAAAAUACAUUUGUCCACCUGCUGACUGCUAAUCACAGGGUUUUUUAGUAUUAUUAACAUCUCUCAUUUAAUUUCAGUAUCAUUUUUAAUCUUGGUAGUGUUUUUUAUGUGGAUUUUGAUGUGGAGACAAGUGCAAUUUAUAAAACAAUACUGAUAAAUAUGAAUAUUAAUGUGUUUUUAGGGUGGCCAUGUUUUCCAUCUUUCACCUGAAACAGC